UUCUGUGAAACGAGUGCUGACGGAAACUGUGUGCGACCGGAAGCAGCGUGGCUCCCGUGUUGUCCGGAGCUUCUGCUGUGGAAAAAGUUGUGAAGUUAGUGACCUGUUUAAUGUUUGAAACAUGGAUCUAAACGACGCAAACUCCGACAGUUUUGGUGUAGAAGUAAUUCUUCCAGAGGACGGCAAACCAGCGCCAUGUUGUCCGCACGGUCCAACUUUACUAUUUGAGAAGGUGGGCRGAGGAGGGGCCAGAGGAAGACGCUUUUAUGCAUGUUCAGCCUGUCGAGACAGGAAAGACUGCAGCUUUUUUCAGUGGGAAGAUGAAAAGGUGUCAGAGGCCCGUCUGCUGGCGCGAGAAGCAGAGAACCGGUCCAAAAGACCACCGUUCACACAGCAGGAGUCCUAUAAGAGGYUUGAGACGUUCGUCUCGCUCCCUCUGGAUAUGAAGAAGUUCUGCGAGGAUUGUCAGACUCUGCUCCUGCCUGCAGAGCACGGCGCUCACUCCGCUCACAGAACCACGGGCGUCACCGCCRCCCAGCUCAGGAGGCCCAGCAUCCUGCUGCGUCCGCUGGACAACAAGAAGAGCAACGCCCAGUACCUGUUCACUGAUCGCAGCGCGCUCUUCCUGCUGGACACGUUAGCCGGCCUGGGGUACAGAAAGGUCCUGUGUGUGGGCACACCCAGGCUACAGGAACUGAUCACGCUACGUAACCUGGAACAGAAACCAAUGAAAAGUCUGCUGCUGGACAUAGACUUCAGGUACGCCCAGUUCUACAGCCCAGAGGAGUUCUGUCACUACAACAUGUUCAACCAUCACUUCUUUGAUGGACAGACCUCCAGUGCAGUCCUAGAGGCCUUCCUGAAGGAGGCGGACAGGGAGGAGGUGGUGAUGGUGGCUGACCCUCCGUUUGGAGGUCUGGUGAAACCUCUGGCCAACAGCUUCUCUCUGAUAUCACGGACCUGGGCGAAGCUUCAGAACUCUGGUGACAGGAACGUCCAGAUGGCUAUGAUUUGGAUCUUUCCCUACUUCUUUGAGUCUCGCAUCCUGGAGUGUCUCCCGUCUUUCACCAUGUUGGACUACCAGGUGGACUAUGACAACCAUCCUCUGUAUAAACAUGGGAAGAUGGGCAGGAGGCAAUCUCCUGUCAGACUUUUCACCAACAUUUCACCCAAACACAUGGUUCUCCCUGAAGAGGAGGGCUACAGGUUUUGCUGUGUGUGUGAGAGAUAUGUGUGUUACCUGAACAAACAYUGUUCUAAAUGUAACAUCUGUCCAUCCAAGGAUGGCCGAGAAUGGAAGCACUGCUCAUCAUGUGAGAAAUGUGUGAAGCCAUCAUGGAAACACUGUCAGUCCUGYGGCCGCUGUGCUCUCCCUGACCACCCGUGCGGGCGAGGUGAGGAGGAGGAGGGAUGCUUCAACUGCGGCAGCCUGCAGCACAAACGAAAGUCCUGCCUGGUCAAAGACGCUGCCAGGAAGAAGGGGUAUGGGGCCAAAGCCAAGAAACGUUCCCAUCAUGCCUCUCUCAAGCAUAAAGCCAAGAAGAAGA